UAAGAAGCCAGGACCUAAUCUUCCCCUUUAGAUUGCUUUGCUGGUUCCUGGGGAGGGGAGGGUGGGGGAUCAGUCCCUCGAGGAUCACGUACACUUUGGGAAGGCCAUGCACAGGAAAGUCGGAGGUGAAAGUAAUUGAAUCCCUGAAGUAUUUCCCCUCACAGAGAGAGCGAGGUUGACUUUACAUUUGGACUCCACGCGAUGCAUGUGAAGGUGUUUUCCCUGCUCAUUCUCUUAAGAACCACUUCAUAUUUGGUUGCCCACGGCCAAUACCCAGAAGUAGUUAUAACUGACCCCAGUGAUGGCAUUAUCAAGGAAGGGCAGUGGUUCACUCUGAAGUGUCGGUACAGGAACACAUAUAUAAAGGCUUCCUGGUAUAAAAACAACAAUUAUGAUGUUAAAUCUAGUGAAUUUAACAAAAGAGCUGACAGGAAAACCGGAGGCUCUUACCAGUGUCAAAGAGACAACUUUUGGAGCCGAACCUCAAGAAGUAAACCUUUGGAAGUGGUGACGAUUGCUUCCGAUGUGAUGUUGACCGUGCAAGUCCAUUCAAGUACCCUGCUGCUUGGUGAGAUGUCUGUUCUGAAAUGCUCCAGGCAUCCCUGGGGAUUUGAGAGAGAUUACACUUCCCUUUGGUAUCGAAACAAUUCCUUAAUUGAAGGAGAACAUGAACCUGAGUACACGAUAGCAAGUGCGAAACUUUCAGAUGGAGCAACUUAUCGAUGUGAACAGAGAUUGGGUUUCAGGAGGUGGAUCUCACAUGAUGAAAGCAUCAUUGUAAGAGAUCUCUGCUCUGAGCCAACACUGCAAGCAGACCCCAGUGUGGAACUAUUUGUUGGUGAACGCUUUAAGCUCGCCUGUUUGGCUGAACCCUUUCACGAUGAUCACUCCCUGUUGUAUGUAUUUUACAAAAAUGGGGAAUCUCUCAAUUUCCCUUCAGAGAAGAGCAGUUACACAACAGAGGAGGCAACAUUGGACCAUUCAGGAACUUACCAAUGUGAAGUCAAGACUCGAGACAGUAAACUGAGGAAAAAGAGUAAUAUAGUUCCCAUUUCAAUCAAACGCAUCCCUGUGUCAGUUCCAGACCUGAGUAUCCACCCUGGCAACGAGGUAGUGGAGGGAGACAGCACCUCAUUAAACUGCUCUGUGACCAGAGGUUCGACUCCAAUUCAAUAUAUUUUCUACAGAGAUGGCAAGGAGAUUUACUGGGAGUAUUCCAACCACAGCAGAACCAUACACACAUUCAUCAACGCCAGCAAAAGACAAGAAGGCUAUUACCACUGUGCUGUUUCUAACCAGGAAGGAGAGUCUCUCCAGUAUAGCAAAGCCAUUGCUGUUUCAGUGAUUGUUCCUGUUGCCGGGGUUUUCCUUAGCCCCAAUGCCAAUAAAACAGAGGUUCCGAUUGGGAGUCGUCUUGUUCUCAAGUGUGUAUUAAGCCAAGGCACAGGACCCUACUUUCAGUGGUACUUCCAACAGAAAGCCUUAAACAAUGCCAGCGAGAAUUACAACUUUAGCUCGGACAGGAGAGAGCUGGCAAUUGAAUCCUUCCAGGCCCAUCUCCAAGGUCGAUACCAGUGUGCCGUGAUCAACAGGGGUCCCGGCGGAAUGAUAUUUAAUGUGACCAGUAAUUCCAUCAACCUCAUGGUGCCAGGAAAUCCCUCUCUGAAACCAGCACAGGCACACAGCGCCGAGAUGGCAGCACUUAUUGUCCCACUGUUUCUGAUCCUUUCUCUCCUCGCAUUGCUUCCCAUCAAACUACGGAACAGGAAACAAGCUGAUUCUUCCAGCAGAUCCCAGCAGCAGAGAGAGGUGAUGGGAAAUCGAGCUGAGGACGUGACUGAAGACAGGCGCACAAGAAAUUUCGAUUAUGCAGAGAUUGGGCCAAGUCGACUGAAUAUGACGAGCUGUGCUGGAACCGUGUACAGUUCAGUAACAAACACAGGGAUGCACGACGUUGAUACCAAGACGGAUGGUGGUUUGGUGUACUCGGUCAUCACUAUCCCAAAGCCAAGAAACACUGCUCACUGUGAUGUUGCAUCAGGCGGGAAACACGCUGACCAAGCAGACCAGCAACCAUCCUGCAUCACAUACGCCACACUGAGGCACACAGAUAUGCGAGGGGAUGAGGAACCAGGUCAAGGUGAAGAGGGAAACGUUUAUGCCAAUCUUCCGCGGACAUUGUGAGACAGCACAGAAGAAUCCCUUCAAUGCCUCACAAAUUGAUGGAUAGCAAUUGUUCCUUCCAGCAAAUAAGGGGGAGAAGGAAGAGAGGACAGAGGAGCGUCAGGUUUCUGCAGCUGAGAAAUGGCUAAGCUUUGUUUCCAUUCACUCAGCCUGACAUCACUUCUAAACAUGAACUUGCCUUGAGAAUCUAUUUGAAUAUCAAUCUCUCACAUAACGUUGAGUGGGUCAAUCUCUUCUGCUGCAGCAUGAUCUGACCCUUGAUGGCAGGGAUUUGAGAUUUUGUGCUGUACAUUCCUAACUUGAGUAUCCAUUUGAUCUCCUGGUGAGUGAAUCAGGGCAGAUGAGCCAAUGAAUUGAAUCUACUCUGCAUUUAUUUUUUAAUUGUGGUGAGCUAUUUUUAGAGGUAUGAUUAUUCUCCAGCCUAAUCCACAUCACCCUCUAACUUCAUCAUUUUCAAACAUAUAUCCAGCUCUCCCUUCAUACCUCAUAUGGAAUCCACCUCCACCACUCUCCCAGGCAGCGCAUUCCAAAUCCUAACAAUGCUCCGAGUGAAGAUGUUUCUCCUCAUCUCACUCCUAGCUGUCUUGGUGACAAACUUGAAAUUCUGACCCCUGGUUACUGACAUAGUGGAAACAGAGUAUUCUACAUUACCCUCUCAAAAUUCUUCAUAAUUUUGAACACCCCCAUUUGUGUCCUCUUUUAAUCUUCUCUGCUCCAGGGAGAGUAAGCCUGGUUUCAUUAAUCUUUCUUUGAACAUAAAAUCCUUCAUUCCUGCUAUCAUUCUAGUAAUCUCCUUUAAACCAUUUCCAGAGUGUUCUUCCUUAAAUAAGGUGCCCAGAACAGAACACAAAUGUAGCCUAUGCAAUGUGGUCUUAGCAAUGAUUUGUAGAGGUGUAGCAUUACUUCCUUGCUUUGAGACUCAAUGCCUCUAUUUUUAAACUCAAAGAUCCUUUGAACCUGCUUCACAACUGUUACAACUGGCCUGGCCACCUUCAGAGAACAAUGCACAUGAACCCCAAGAUAUCUCUGUUCCAAUUUUCCCUUUAAAGCUGUUUCAUUGAGCUUGUAUUGUUUCUUUGUAUUUUUCUUUGCAAUAUGCAUAAGCACAUAUUUUUCUGCAUUGGCAUUUAUCUGGCAGGUUUCUGCCCAUUUGGCCAAUUUGCCAAUGUCCCUCUGAAGUAACUCAGUAUCAUCCUCACAAUUCACUCUUCUCCCUGACUUAGUAUCAUCUGCACAUUUAGAGAUUUUAUCCUCAAUACCCAACUCGAAACCAUUGCUAAAAUCAAUAUAUUUAUCGACACAUACCUGUCAGUUUCUCUUAUGUAAAUGUAUGACUAUUUACCAGCCUGUAUCUGUUAGUUUCUGCUGAGAAUUGAGAGUGACAACAUUAAUCUGUAUCUGUCAGUUUCUGUUGUGUGAAUAUGAAUCCAGCUCCCAGUCAAUGCCUCUGUUUCUGCCUUCUCAUUAUAUAAAUGUACUUAUCAAAGUACACCUGUCAGUUCCUGCUGGGUGAACGUGCGAGUGGGGUUCUGCUCUGUAAAUAGCAGAGUCUAGUUAACAGACUAUACUUGUCAGUUUCUGCUCUGUGAAACUGGGAGUGUAGUUAUCAUUGUGUAUGUCCGUUUUAGCUUUGAGAAUGAGGGUGAAGUUAUUCAUCUCUCCCUGACAGUUCCUGCAAUGCGAAUGCAUGACUGACAUUAGCAGAAACCAAGAGAGACUGAUAACUACAGUCACACCUUUACAUUGUAGUCAAUGUGUUGUCAUCAUUUGUGUGUUUCUGCAAUAUGAACAAGUGGGUGUAGUUAUCAAUCUGUACGUGUCAGUUUCUCCUCAUGUGUCAAAAUGGCUAAGUCUCUGAAGGCCAGUAUUAUUCUCUGUGACUGUAAGAAAAGGCUGGGUCGUAAUCUUUUCUGCAUUAUGUGAUUUAUGAGUUGAGUGUCAGUCCGUGUGGUAGGUGAGGGGGGUGAGGAAGUUCAGGACAUGGGGUGAUAACAGGAGGGGAACUGCUUUAUUCUGAGAACCAUUGUGACUAAUGGUCACAUAUUUCCUAUUUGGUCAGACAGCCUGAGAUCUGUGGUACCACUGAUUAAACUGCUUGUUUCUCACCAAAAUCAGAAUCACAGAUAUGGUACAGCAUAGGAGCAGACCAUUCAGCCCACUGUCUCUGUACUGGGAAUUUUUUAUGCAUCAGUUCCGCAGUAAUUGUUAGGAAUGUGAACUUCAUCUAUUCAUUGUCAGCGUCUAUUUGUAAGGCCAAUAUGACAUUAGUUCUGUGGAUAUCUGGCUUUUCAUAAUGAUAGUGGCGGUUUUGAUAUGUUUCCCACAGUCUCAGGGCGAGUACAUGGAUCUCAUUCUCGUAUGUUCAGUUGUGGUUUGUGUCGGAGUAGUAAACUCUGUCAAACUCUUUUCAAUUGCACUGAACUGCAUUGCAUUUCAGUCUCAGUUUGUUUUUACAUUGUGCAUGAGGUUGAGUGCGCAGUAGAAUCUAUCUGUCACUACUGGGCACUGUAAUAGUCCAAUAUCUUCAGGUGUAAUCAGAGAUUUUGAGAGUCAGUUCAUAUCUGGAAAUUACUGUGAGGCCGUACUUCAUUCUUUUCCUUUUAGCAUCCACUGGCUGUGUGUGAGUGAGUUUUCCCUUGUGCUGCCAGUCUGUAUCUCAGUUCCCGUCUCCUGUAGUGAAUGGGAAACCACCGAAGAUCUUUAAUUGUUGGUGCCUGUGGGAAUCAUGUGCAAGUGAAAGGCAACACACUGCUACAGAAGGGACUCUGUGCUGUUCCUCAGAUUCAAGACUGGAAACACAAUGGGCCUUUGUAACUUAUAUAGUGUAGAGUUGAACAGGGAUUAAUGAUAUAAAGUGUUGACUGUCAGAAUAACAUCCGUUUCUUUUUCAGUGUGUAGUGAUAUGCUUUUCUGAGUAAUGCUAAAGUAGCAAUCAGUGUAAACUGUGAAAGCCAAUGGCAGUGAACAAUUCAACUGCAUUGCAGCGGCCUGACCACACAGUGUCGCUUGGACAGAAAAGACAAACGGGGAACUUAUUCCCUGAUGUAGACAGGACAUGACCCUGCUCUGUGCCGUGAUGGUGGAAGCAAUUACUGGUACUCUUGUGUUGUUCUAUGGGAGGGAAGUGGAAAGGAAAAGGAAGUUUAUUUUCUGUCUUGCAGUGCAGCAGAUUUAAAGUGUGAAGCACAAUUUAUUGAACAAUCAACACUGUUCAACUCUGCUUUGAAACAAAAUUAGUGUUUCACAAACCUACCAAGCAAACCAAUUUUGUCUAUUUUUAUUUUGUGCACUGCUUCGAAAGGUAACCACUUGAUUAAACUGAUUUAUUGUGAAAAUUGAAUUCAGAUAUCUUGGUAUUUCUCUGCAAUACAUUCUAGGGAGGGCCAGGAGGAAUGUCAGGCUCUUUAUAGAAAAUUGAGAUUAAUUUUGAAAGAGGUACUCGAGGUUUCUUGCUGGACUGAAAAAGACAAAGCAAAUUCUAAUCCUGAAAGGUGAAGAAAAGGAGAAUGAUGUUGCGAUAAAGGUGGGGAUGGCAGCUUCUCUGCUGCUAUCAUACAUUUAUGUGAAUGAAAUGUUGAAUGAACGGGAUGAGAAUUCUCGGUGCAGACUCAAUAAUGUGAAGGACUGCAGGCCUCUCUGGCAAUGGUUCUGUGAGUAGAAAUCAUUCCAGAUGUGACAGUUGCUGUUGCUUGCAAUGUGUAUGGUACUACAUGGCUAUUAUAUGUUGGAGCAGUAUAUGUAUUUGACUGUGAGAGAGAGGGGAGGGUGCAAGAGAGGGAGUGAGAGUGUAUAUUAACAAUUCUCUCGACGUCAGGCUUUGGCACAGCACGUGCAUUUAGAAUUCACAUUAUUUAAGUGUUGUGACUAUGUAGGUGACAAAUAUUCAUUAGAAUAAUAAUUAAUUUUUUUGUUACUGCUAACUGAAAUGUUUGCUUCAACAUCUGCACUCCAUAUCUACUUCCCAUGUGGUUGGUCAAACUAGCAGCAUCAUCCAUUUGUUCACCUUGACUGAAAUGCUAAAAGUACCCUUACUAAAUGCAGAUUUCAUGCAGUUCCUGAGUAAAUAUUUUGGAUGAGGAUUCAGUCUGUCAUUCCUCAAAAGUUUUUGACAAUGUGAGUAGUGAAAUUGUUUGGAACUGGGUGGCUGGAAGUGACAGUCCAGAUAAAAGAUAUACACUGGUAUUUCCUCAAUGGUGUUUGACUCUUGGUUAGAACACAUCUCUCUGGAAAUUGCAUUCAAUGUGUGAGAUUGAAUCUGCGAUCACUGUGGCUAGGAUAUUCUAUGCUCUGACAGUGUAACAUACCUGGUGGUUGUUGUAAGAUGCUGGUCACAAUUGGCUUUGUACUGAAGAAACACUAAACUGUCCUGGUCCUUCAAGUAUUUGCCUGGAGGAAGAAGGGUUACCUCCUGUAAACUAACAUCAGCCAAGAUCGGCAAUAUUAAACUGAUCAAUGUGAUAUUCAGUUAAUUAUUCAUUAGGAUUGUUUGUUCAGAGCCAGCUAUUUGAACAGAACCAGGGUCUGAUUCUACUCCUACCCUGAGCUGCUCCUUACUUAUUUUUUUUCUGAAAACUCUAAUACAUAGUUCAGAGAGAUCCAAAAACUAACCAACACUGAUACAGCUGCAUGAGUGGGACUACUUGAUCCUACUGGGUAUAUGGAUAUGUGAGUUUAGUUAUCGAUAUAUAUCUGUCAGUUCCCGCUUGUUGAAUGUGUGAGUGUAGUUCCAGAUUUGUACCUGUCAGUAUAUGCUCUGUUAAUUUUUAAAAUAAUUUCACAUACAGUGAGAUACAGUGAAAUGCUCUGUUUCCGAGCAGUACAGCCAGAUCACAGUAAGCAAGGAUGUACAGAUCAAAACAACAUAGACAGAGGCAUGCAGGUUACAUUUCACAGGGUACGCACUUGGAGAGAUCAACAUUAGUGAAGUCUAAAGAGUCCACUUUUCCACACUGUAGGUAAUCUAAUCUCAUCAAUUUAAUAACAACCAGGAAAAAG